UUUGUCAUUCAAGGACUCUGUAUUUCUCUGUUUCCUCAACCAUUAACUUUGAGCUCAACAGAAAUCAUAAUACAAUGGCCACUUUUUUCAUUCUCCCACUAAUCCUCAUUUCUCUUCCUGUUUCCAUUUCUCAAACUUCCUCUAAUAACUGCAAUGGCAUAUUCAUAACUUACGACUACAACUCUGGUUUUCCUCUUCCACCAAAAGUCUUGGCAUCAGACUCCAACAAUCAAGCCUACAAUUUCAGGUCCACACUCACUAUUCUCAAUAAUAGUCCUGAUGAGCUCAAGUCUUGGAGGGUUUUUGUUGGUUUCCAGCACAGGGAAUUCUUGGUCUCUGCUCUACAAGCUGUGCUUGCUGAUGGAACCACUUUGCCAGGUGAUGUUAGAAAUGGAACUGUCUUUGCUGGUUUCCCUACCACUGACCUUAAGUCGGCAAUUCAGACUGCUGGAGACGUCAAUCAGAUGGAGGCUCGGAUCGAGUUGGUUGGUACACUGUAUGGUGUUGCAUCUCCUGCUGUCCCCUUGCCUUCUUCUAUCACUCUCGCUAACGAUGGCUUCUCUUGUCCUCCUUCUACAUCUCAAGGAAAUCGAACCCAAGUUUGCUGUGUAAAAGACUCAAGCGCUAGAUCCAACGUCACGGCCUAUGAGGAAAUCCAGCCUCGGCAAGGGGGUGAUCUUACCAUAAUGUAUGAUGUCACUAGCUCAUUCGAAUCCAAUUACUGGGCACAAGUCACAAUCUCAAAUAACGACCACACUAGUCGUCUUGAUAACUGGCAAUUAAGCUGGGAAUGGAUGAGGGACGAAUUCAUCUAUAGCAUGAAAGGUGCUUAUCCUAUGGUUGUUGAUACAGGGGACUGCAUCUUUGGUAAGCAGGGUGAGCAUUACAAGGGCAUCGAUUUUUCAAAGGCCUUAAACUGUGAAAAGAGACCAACAAUUAUUGACCUUCCUUUGGAAAAGACAAAUGAUACAACCAUAGGAAUGGUUCCCUUCUGUUGUAGAAAUGGAACAAUUUUGCCACCUAUCAUGGAUGCAAGCAAAUCCAAGUCAGCUUUUGUAAUGCAAGUCUACAAGAUGUCACCUGAUCUCAACAUAAGUGCAAUCCACCCUCCCCAGAACUGGAAAAUAAAUGGAACUUACAGUCCUAAUUUCGUAUGUGGGCCGCCAGUACGAGUAUCUCCCAGCCUCUUUCCUAACCCUGCAGGGCUAUCUUCAGAUACAGCUGUUGUUGCUAGUUGGCAAGUAAUCUGCAACAUUAGCAGUUCCACCUUUAAGAAGUCACCAAAGUGUUGCGUAUCAUUCUCUGCAUUCUUCAACGAUUCAGUUGUUCCUUGUAAAACUUGUGCCUGUGGCUGCAAUACGCGCCCCGGCAACGUGUGCAAUGCCACUGAGCCAGCACUGCUGUUACCACCACAGGCUCUUCUUGUGCCCUUUGACAACCGAACUGAAAUGGCAAUGGAAUUUGCCAGCGAUAGAAGACGAGACUUGCCAAAUCCUUUGCCUUGUGGAGACAACUGUGGAGUAAGCAUUAACUGGCAUUUGCUUAAUGAUUUCACAGACGGCUGGACUGCAAGAGUAACACUGUUUAAUUGGGAUGACACCAACAUUGUUGACUGGUUUGCUGCUGUACAAUUGGAUAAAGCCAUCCAAGGUUUUGAAAAAGCGUACUCUUUCAACGGAACCAUCAUGCCUGAUACUAACAACACAAUAUUUAUACAGGGGUUUUCAGGCUUAAAUUACCUUCUUGCGGAAAGAAGAGGAGACAAUCCAAGGAAUGAUCCUCCAGUUCCUGGUACCGUGCAAUCUGUCAUAUCUUUCACAAAGAAGAGCACACCUGGAAUUGAUGUAGGCGCAGGUGAUGGUUUUCCAAGUACAGUUUACUUCAAUGGAGAGGAGUGUUCCCUUCCGGUAAUACUUCCUUCGGGUAGUAAUCGCAGAACACCUCUAGCCUCUAGUGCUUUUAGUCUUCUGCUAACCAUGCUACUCCUCAUGGUUCUGCAAAGAUCACUGUGCCUAGACAUAUACCUAUGUUCUUUUCCAACUUUAUCUCUUAUACUCAUAGCCUGUCAAUUCUUUCAUUUUGUUAUCCCAAUAUAUCCCACCAAUUAUAUUACAAAGUUCAGCUAUCUGACCUAGAGUAUUAAGAAGGAAUUAUAUAAUAUACCUUGUGAAGUGUAGCAUUUAUCAUUCCUGAAGCAGUAAAUGUCAAUCAUACUCCCAAUGGAACAAGAUUCAACUCUGAAUUGUCUUUAAAUAUUGAAGCAAGGUGCCUUUUCCUUGUGUUGCCAGUGUUAAUCACAUGAUAUGUAACUUUCUCACUGCCCUUAUCUAAAAAACAUAUACUCUUUGCAGAAUGCCAUGGCACAUUUUACUAUUUGUAAAGUUGUAACCAGCAAUUUUGAAGGUACAAGUUGAAAGCCAGCGCAUAAAUUCAAUUAGAUCUUAUUGCUCCAACAUGUCGGUAGUGCGCUAAUGGGGCUUCCUCAAGAUAACUCCCCAAUCUGAAGAACUAAAACCCUCUGGUUAUAACCAAGAAAAGCAACAAAAAAAA